AUGCGACUAAAUAGAUUUGAAGUGUUACUUCGCCACAUCCAUUUCAACCAUAAUGCUAAUAUUGAUCGCAGUGACCGACUUUACAAAAUUCGCCCUCUACUGAACUCACUGAAUGAGAAUUUCAAAAAACAGAGAGGUUUGGAUGAACAUCUUUCAAUUGAUGGCAAACACUAUGCCAAACAGUACAUCAAGGGCAAGCCAAUAAGAUUCAAAAACUGGGCUCUAUUAUGCAGUAGUAAUGGGUACAUGAUUUCUUUUGAGAUUUACACUGGCAAAUCAGAUGCAGAAAAAGUUUUUGGUCUUGAUGGAGACGUAGUUAUGUCCUUACUACAUAAAUCGGAAGUGCCUUCUAACCAGGGAUAUAAAAUUUUUGUUAAUAAUUAUUUUACAAGCCUGAGUUUACUAAACCAUCUCUCGGAAAAUAAAAUUUGUGCAACGGCAACAGUAAGAGAUAUUCGAACGGAAAAGUGUCCAUUUCCUGAAAGUACUUCAUGGAAAUCAAAACCAAGGGGAAGCCACAGUUUUGUUUCUUGUGAUAACGUUACUUUUGUACAAUGGAAGGACAACAAGGCUGUGACAUUGGGUACCAACUUCGAAAGUAAUGACAUUGUUACCACAUCUAGAUGGUGUAAGGAAACUAAAACUAAAAAACAAAUUCCACAACCAAAAAUUAUAGCUGGAUACAAUAAACACAUGGGAGGAUUUGAUAAAAUGGAUGGGCUGAUUGCUUUGUAA